GAAGGAUAUAGAACAAUAUGGCGAACAAUACAACCAACGCUUUUGAAAAUAUCGCAUUUCUAAAAAGCUGCAACUUUCUUGAGUACGAAUUUCGCAUGGUAAAAAGAUUUCCUUCGAAUGUCUACUAUGGAAAUCACGUCGUACUGUGCAUGAUAAAUGUUUUCGUGGCAGCCUCAACAGUCUUCCUAAAUCUCUUGACAAUCAUGACGUUUCGUUCCUCGAAUCAACUGAAACAGAAGCUGUAUUACUUUCUCAUCUUCGUUCAAUCGAUCAACGAUUUGGGAAUCGGAAUGGUCGUUUUAACUCUGUUUUCAACAGUUGUCGUUAACCAGUUGGUCGGCAAGACAUAUUGCGAAAUAUAUUUCGCUUUUUUCCUAUCGCUUUUCAUAACACACGCUUUUUCUUUGGCUAUCCUAUCUGCAAUGAACAUUGAGCGAUUUCUAAGCAUCGUAAAACCAAUUUUCCACCGAAAUAAAGUGACCAAAAAAAGACUUUUAAUGUACACAUUAGGCUUUAGUUCGCUAUUCAUAAGCGUUGCCAGUAUUUCCUUUCCAGUUAGUCAAAAAUUGCUGCUUGUAUUUUGUGGUUUUAUAUUUUUGUUGCAUUUCAUAAGUACCAUAUGCAUAUACACAAAAAUAUUCCUGGUUGGAAAGUCUCAAUUUAAACGCAGCGAGCCUAUUAAAACUGCUCAGAACAAAACUGAAAUUCACCCGAGUAAUAAAAUUGAGAAAUUUCACGACAGCCAGUCGGACAGCCCAGGCAAAUUGGUUCAUAAUAAAAAAAAGUCGUCAAAUGAUCAAGAAGGCUCGUCAGAUCACGAAGGCACAUCUACAGGUAACCAAGGAAAAACACCCGAAAAUGAAGGCAAAAUGUUUCGUAAUCCAGGAAAGUCAUCAGAUUGUCAGGAUAAAGCACUUGAUGAAAGAGCUUAUCGUGGAGUUAACGAGAAAAGGGUUGCAACUUUAAAGAGCGAAAGCAACUUUUGUCAGCAGAGUGAACCCUCGGACAAAAACUUAGAUCCACGGACGAAAAAGGAACUUUUGAUGAAAUUUAAAUUAGCGAAGUCAUGCUUCAUCGUUGUGACGUGCUCGUGUCUCUCAUUCUUUGUUCCCGUUCUCUUCCAACCGCUGCGGAUGGAGUUAAGUGAUUUAGAUCAAAUCAUUUUCAACGGUUGGUCGACAACGUUAAUUUUAUUGAACUCAUCGUUGGACUCACUAGUAUUCUUCUGGCAGAAUAGUUUGCUCAGAAGCGAGGCUAAGAAAUUCAUGAAAAAUAUUUGCUGUUGAAUUUAGUUCAGAACUUGAUAACGUACGUUACAGCGCCAGUGCAAGGAAAUCCAACAAAUUCGAAGUUCUUAUUGGGUGUAAAAAGAAACGGCGAAAAGACCCUAUCAGCAAUCGACUGGACACAGUGCCUAGAAAUAA